GUUAGCAUAUGCUGGCUUCUUGGGGGUAGAGCACAUUGCCCGUAUGAAGGUGGAUCAUAGUUUAAUAUGCGCUUUGGUGGAGAGAUGGAGGCCGGAGACACAUACUUUCCAUCUUCCAUUCGGUGAGGUCGGCAUUAGUCUACAAGAUGUGGCGAUGAUCCUUGGUUUGCCCAUUCGGGGUAUGCCCCUCAGUGGUCCAACCGUUAAGGGUAAGGCUCAGUGGAUCGACCUGUGCACGCAGUCGUGUGGUUUCACUCCUCUAGAGACUGAUAUGCGCACGAGUGAUAUCACCAUGAGUGCUCUUACCCGUCACCAGAUCCUACCUGACAGUACAGAUGAAGAGGUCACCGAACACACCAGAACCCUAAUAUGGCAAUUGCUUGGAGGCCUUUUGUUCCCCGACACGAGUGGGACAAGAAUACGAUUAUACUUUUUGGAGGUCUUGCAGGGUGACUUGGCUUUAGCCCGUCGAUGGAGUUGGGGAUCAGCGGUUCUCGGGUACCUCUACCAUAACUUGUGCAACGGCGCCAAGUGGGAAACCAAACAAGUUGGCGGUUGUAUGCACUUGUUACAGAUUUGGGCUUGGUCGAGGAUUUCGAUGGUCCGUCCCUCAGUAGUUCAGGUCAUUCAACAUGACCAUCUUCCAUAUGGGUGCAGGUGGAUCGUCCCCAAGUCAUAUAAAGGAUCCC